GACAGCUGACCCAUAGAUACGUAACCAACUCUCGAUCGUUCGCCGUAGGAGCGCUCUACGGUCCCGUAACAGACCGGUUCCGCCGUCCUAUGUUUCUAUCCAAGGCGGUCAGGAUUGUGCGACGUAAUUUCUACACAGUUAUAGCCCCAGCUUUUUUUGCCUUCAUUAUAUAUAAAGAUUUUCAAAAGACUCAAUCAGAAAAGAAAUUAAAGGCCUGUGAUGAAGCCACUUAAGUUGGCUCAGUACAAUUUGGUUGGUCGUAUCGUUUCAAUCUCCUCCGGUGCUGUUCUGGGUCUCAGCUGUGCCUGGAUUCUUUCGCGCUUGUUUGUCAAUGACAAUUCUAGAAUGAAGAAUAGAAGUGCAUUGCAUGCUGACCGUUUAAUUCCUGAUGGUGAAGACCCUUGGAAAUACUAGUUUCCUGUCCGUUUCUUGAAAUACACUAUAGUUAUAAAACUUGUUCUAUAAUUAUCGUUUCUCUGCGACUGCCUCACUAAUGUACAAUUUUAGGUAUCAUGGAUUUUACUAGCUCGCGGAGUGUUAGACAGAAUCCUGAUGAUCAACUAAAAAAUGUUGAGUUCGAGACUUCCGAGGACGUUGAAGUCAUCCCAAGCUUUGAGUCAAUGGGUCUUCGAGAUGAAUUACUCCGAGGGGUCUACGCAUAUGCUAUUCAACAACGUGCCAUCAAGCAGAUUGUGAAAGGUCGAGACGUCAUUGCUCAUCGGGUACUGGGAAAACCGCUACACUGGCCAUGUCUAUUUUACAAAUGUUAG